ACAAGCUCUCUCACAGGUCACCGGCCUUGGGGACGAAGCCAUGGCGGGAUGGCUCUGCCUGCGACUGGAGACUGCACAGGGCUCAGGGCAAGAGAGCCAGUGGCAGGAAAGGAAAGGCCCUGUUGACUCACUCGCUGGGCAGCCAAGUGCUUAGUAACAAACAGUAAACAGAGGCGGCAGAGCCCGUGGCCGUGGCAGCUCAGCAGAGAGGUGAACGAGAUCCCUGCUCAUUGUUGGAAAAUUGUCUGUGAUGGAGGCCUAGACCCGAUCACGAUCACAGAGAAUUUCACAUGCAACCUCUGACUCAGAACACAGGCAUGAGCCCGGCCUCUGUGACCCUGGCCAGCGCCCUGCAGGUCAGGGGCGAAGCUCUGUCGGAGGAGGAAAUCUGGUCCCUCUUGUACCUAGCUGCGGAGCGGCUCCUGGAAGAUAUUCGUGAAGAUUCCUCGGACUAUGUGGUCUGUCCCUGGUCAGCCCUGCUGUCUGCAGCCGGAAGUCUUUCUUUCCAGAACCACAUUUCUCACAUAGAGGCUGCUCCUUUCAAGGCCCCUGAACUGCUACAGGAACAGAGGGACGAUGAACAGCCCGACGUAUCUCAGGUGCACGUCUAUUCUUUAGGAAUGACCCUCUACUGGUCAGCAGGCUUUCAUGUCCCACAAAAUCAGCCUCUGCAGCUCCGUGAGCCCUUGAGCUCCAUUCUGCUGACCAUGUGUGAAGACCAGCCUCGCAGGCGGCUCCCCUUGCAGUCAGUUCUGGAAGCUUGUCGGGUUCAUUGGGAAGAAGUGGCCGUAUACCCAACCUCUGCCGGUCUCCACGUUAGACGGCUGGCUGGCUUGGUUCUGGGCACCAUCUCAGAGGUGGAGAGGAGACUCAUGGAAGAAAGCUCCUUGGCGCAGCAGGACAGAAGCUGCCUGCUCAGGCAUAGGCUGCAUCAGGCGAGCUGCGAGAACACAACAGUAUGGGCCCUGGAGCGUCUGCACCCCUGCAGAGUUUCAGAGAGAAGCACAGAGACCCAGAGCUCCCUGGAGCCCGGUCUGAGCACCUCAGUACCCAGUCACCAUAGCCUCUCUGUUAGCAGUGCUUUUCCAGUUGAAGUUCCCCCAAAUCUUCAGGAGGGACCGCGGCUCAGCUCCAGCACCGCUCUGUCUGUGGCAGCAGAAAUCUCACAGCCGGCAACUCCUUCUCAAAGGGCUUUUCUGCAAAGGAAAGGAAAGUUCUCCAGGCCGGAGUUCGUCUUGCUGGCUGGAGAGGCCCCAGUGACUGUGCACCUGCCUGGAUCAAUUGUGACCAAAAAAGGGAAAUCCUAUUUGGCUCUCAGGGCCCUCUGCGUGGUGCUGUUGAGUGGGCAGUGUCUGGAGGUGAAAUGUGACAUUAUGUCAACGGCAGGAGCUGUCUUCAGUGCUGUCAUGUCUUUUGUCAACCUUGGGGAGCUCACCUACUUUGGCUUGGCUUACAUGAAAGACAAAGAGUUCUUUUUCUUGGACGAUGAAACCAGGCUGUGCAAAAUAGCCCCUGAAGGCUGGAGUGAGCAGCCCCAGAAGAAGACCUCCUCAAAUACCUUCACACUCUUUCUGAGGAUAAAGUUCUUUGUCAGUUGCUGUGCACAGCUCCAGAACAGCCAGGCAAGGCACCAAUUUUAUCUGCAGCUUCGGAAAGACAUCCUGGAGGGGAAGCUGUACUGCAAUGAUGAGACGCUGCUGCAGCUGGCGGUCCUUGCCUUACAGGCUGAGUUUGGCAACUACCCCGAGGAGCAGAUAGAGAGUAAAGCUUAUUUUCGAGUUGAAGAUUACAUCCCAGCGAGUCUAAUUGAGAGGAUGACUGCUUUCCGGUUGCAAGUUGAAGUCUCGGAGAUGCACCGUCUCAGUCCUGUGCUCUGGGGAGAGGAUGCUGAGCUGGAGUUCUUGAGGGUCACUCAGAAACUCCCAGAAUAUGGUGUGCUGGUUCACCGAGUCCUCCCAGAGAAGAUGACACGAGAAAGGGAGAUGGCCUUGGGGAUCUGUGCCAAGGGCAUCAUAGUGUACGAAGUGAAAAACAACAGCAGAAUUGCAACUUUACGCUUUCAGUGGAGAGAAAUUGGAAAGAUUUCUACUUGUCGAAAGAAGUUCACCAUCACAAGUGGCAUCACUGGGAAAAAGCACACGUUUGUCACUGAUUCAGCCAAGACCUGUAAAUAUUUACUGGGACUCUGCUCUGCCCAGCAUGGAUUUAAUGCCCAGAUGAGCUUCCUGCCAGUUGCAGCUGUUUCAGACCAUGAUAAGUGUGUGCAAAUGGCCAAUACGAGUCUUGCACACCUGGUCCAGUCUCAGCCUCUCACUUGGAUUCAGCGGCUGUCGGACUCGGAAAACGCGCUGUUCACACCCGCACCCGGGCCGGAAGUCACUGCAGGGGGCCUGCAGCGCUUGUCUCUGGAUAACUUCACCUUGGAAACCAGCAAGGAGACUGCGGCACGGGGGAUCCGAGGCAGCCCCUGCAUGGGUCGGGAGCAGCUGGAGACCAUCUCUUUGAUCCAGAAGCCGACGACUCGUGACCGUCUCUCCGGGCCGCCUGUUCCCAGCGUGCACAGGGAGCCACAAAGUAACAGGAGAAAGAGCUUUAUAGCUGAGCCGGAACGAGAAAUCGUGCAUGUGACAUUGCGCCGGGAUCCACGUCGCGGUUUUGGUUUUGUCAUCAAUGAGGGAGAAGAUGUUGGCAAAGUUGACCCUGGCAUCUUCAUAUCUUCUAUUAUACCUGGGGGACCAGCUGAGAAAGCUAAAAGGAUCAAACCAGGAGGGCAGAUUCUAGCCUUGAAUCACAUCAGUCUGGAGGGCUUCACGUUCGACAUGGCUGUUAGAAUGAUUCAGAAUUCUCCCGAGAGCAUAGAAUUAACCAUUUCUCAGUCAAAAGGUAUUUGUGGAAAUACCCCAAGUGAGGAAAAGAAUAGCCCAGCCAAUUCUGGGGUCUUCUCUACAGACAGCCCAAGCAACAGGCACCUGGGAAGUUUUUCAUCACACGCACAGGACCAGGAGAAAAAUACUGAAGAACUGGAAAUGGCUCAGACUCAGAGCUUACUGUCCAGGGGGCAGGAUGCUGGUACGUCUUGUCCUCCACCACCUUCAGAAAUCAAUGCCAGUGAAAUCUACUUUGUGGAACUGGUUAAAGAAGAUGGGACACUUGGAUUCAGCGUGACUGGUGGCAUUAAUACAAGCGUGCCCUAUGGGGGUAUCUACGUGAAAUCCAUCGUUUCUGGAGGGCCAGCUGCCAAGGAAGGGCAGAUCUUGCGGGGUGACCGGCUCUUGCAGGUGGACGGAGUGAGUCUGUGUGGCCUCACCCACAAGCAGGCUGUGCAGUGCCUCAAGGGUUCUGGGCAGGUUGCAAGACUGGUCUUAGAGAGAAGAGGCCCCAGGACCACACAGCAGUGUCCUUCUGUUAAUGGCAGGAUGGCAGACGGAUGCACGGCUGUUUCCUUGGCAACAGCCUUGCCCGGCAGGCCUGCGAGCUGUGUCUCAGCGACAGAUGGUCCUAAGUUUGAAGUCACUCUGAAAAAGAAUGCCAGUGGCUUGGGAUUCAGCUUCAUGCAGAUGGAGAGAGAGAGCUGCAGCCAUCUCAAGAAUGAUCUGGUGAGAAUUAAGAGGCUUUUCCCAGGGCAGCCGGCUGAGGAGAACGGGGCCAUUGCAGUUGGUGACAUUAUCCUGGCCGUGAAUGGAAGGCCCACAGAAGGCCUCGUCUUCCAGGAGGUGCUCCAUUUACUGCGAGGGGCAUCACAGGAAGUCACGCUCCUACUUUGCCGACCCCCUCCAGGUGCACUGCCUGAGAUAGACCAGGGAUGGCAGACACCCGUGCUCUCAGCAGACAAAGAAUUCACCAGGGCAACUUGCACUGACUCUGAGCAGAGCCCGAGUCUGGAUCAAGAGGACAGCCGGAGGGACAGUGCCUCCCCAGACACAGGGGAAAGCUUGGGUCCCGGGCCCGAGCCUUUCCAAAAGGCCACUGGCAAGGCACAAUGGGACCAGGACAUAGAGAGACCCUGGGCCACUUCCUCGAUGCGUCCUCAGGAUUCCCCCCCUCAUUUAUGCAGACUUCAGCAAGAAAUGGAUGCAUCCACAUUGGCCACCUCUUUGGAAAGGGAUAUGAGGCAAAACUGCUAUUCAGUUUGUGAUAUGAGGGGACUUGAAAGAUUUUCCUACUCACCCUCUCUAACCAGGCUUUCGACAGAUAUUUUCUGAGCACAUUCUCUGCAUGUUUGAAGCACUGUACAAAAUGCUCUGCCGUCUGUAUGGACUGCUUUUUCUAAUCAAAAGGCAUGUGUGGUGACCUUUGGGCAGCCCCUGGAAGGCUUAUUCUUCAUGUUGUGUCUGCGUCUUCACUGCCAGACAAUGCGCCCCACUCACCGUUCAUCUGCCUCCUGUGUCACACCGGGAGUAAAUGUCACUCCAGCUGGCUGCCUUUCCAAAUAGGCACUUUCUCAGCGCUCAGAAAAGGACUCGAUAUUUGCACAGAGUGCUUUGAAGGUCACCUGCUUGAGUUGUUCCCAGCCUCCCGCUUUGGCCCUUUCCCUCUAACCCCUCUGUUGAAACGGCAUUCAUAGUCAUAGCGAUAACAGCCCCUCCUAUUUACUGAGGACUUACCCUGCACCAGGAGCCAUGGAUGGAUGUACCAGAAUUAUGUAUUCUAAGCAUCCCAGAAAUCCUAUAAAUUUCUCGACCUUCUCACUUUCCAGAUGGGAAAACUGAGGUCCCAGAGAAGUUAAUAAGCUUUCCCGAGAACCGAAGUCAUGGCCCAGAAUGGAGGCAUAGCUCUGCUUUUGAUGCCAUGUCCUCUGGCAAGUCCCCCAUGGUCUCCUGGGCUCCGUAAGGAGCUCCCCUUGCUCCCAUAAUGCUCUGUGCUGCCGCUCCUAUAGCACUUUCUCCCUGGAUUGUAACAUUUGUUCACCACUCACUCUUCCCAUUAAAUCAGGGGAUCCUCAGGCACAGGGGCCAUCCAUAUCUUAUCCAAUGUUCAGAACAGUCUCUGGCAGGAGCUGUUUGGACCCUGGCUGGCUCUCCUACGAUGUGCUGUGAUGAUCAUCCUGAAAGCAAGGCAAGAUGGGGAGAGGAGUUUCUUAUCAAUGCUGGAAGACACAUGGGUUUCUGUUUUCUAGUCCUGAAUUGGACAGGGAUGAUGAAGAAGGGGACAUGUGCCAUCUACCUGAAGCCACUUCUCCCACUGUGGAAAAUGAAGCCUAUCUUACCAUCAACUCUGCAUGGGAAGGCCAGCUACUCUGUGAAGAAUGUUUGGAGGAAGAUUCAGGGACCAUUCCCUUGCCACAGUUCUGUUCUUGGAGUGCCCUCUCAGAGUCUUUGCCUGCAAAAGAGGCUUGUGAGAGUGACAGUGAAUGGGAAGACCUGGAGGAGGCUGUGGACCUGGAAGAUGGCACCCUCAGGAUGCCACCAGAAGUUGGGACUGGGUCAGAGAGCUGGAGGCAGAUUGUACCGAUGAAGAUGAGGGAAGAGUAAAUGUGACAAAAAUCCUCUGACUAGGAGCAGAGCGGGUUAAACUCUUGACAGGAAGCAACAAGUUCAUAGAGGAGAUCACGUGGGGGCUUUGAAGACCAUGCCUGCCAUCCAUGGGAAAGUUGGACCCUGAUGGCCUUGGGGAUGAUGCAAUGAUGGAUUCAUACAAGUGUGGAGCAGGCAGGAUGUGGCUUAUAUGUGGAGGGAAAUAUUUCCAGAGUGGGCUCCUCAGGGCUGGGGAGCUAAGGGAAGAUGGGGUAAUCAAUGCUUUUGGGACCUACAGGGAAACAAGUAAGGAUCCCAAGUGUCAGUACUUAUGAAAUGUCCCAGGAAAUCUGCUGUUCCUCUGGAGACUGGAGCAGGUAGCAGAGAAGAGACAAUAGGGCUUUUUGGUUGGAGGGGUUCAGGCUCCAAGCCUGCCUCCAUCACUUACUAGGGGGGUGACCUGCAGCAAACGACUUUUAAACCAUCUAAGACUCAGCUGACUACCAAAUGGAGAUAGCAAAAGCCACCUCAUUCUGUAAGAGAGGACAAUGCGUGUCAAGGGUUUAGCACACUGCCUGGUGAGUAAGGACUCAAGCAGUGUUAGUGCAUUUUAGUCAUAAAUCACAAAGGAGACUAUCUCUCCAGUGAGAUGGUGCAACCUUAGGAACCCAUUCAAUACUGGUUUUUUUUUUGUUUUUGUUUUUUUUUCUGUGUAGACAAAGGAACUGGGCAACUUUGUCAGACUUGCCCUCUAACUUGAGGGGCGGGUAGAAGUAUUGGUCCAUGGCAAGGGUGUCAGGAUCUGGGUAGACUGAAUAGCCCUCUGCUAUGACAGUGGCUUAGGAUGUCAUUAGGCCUAGGCCUGCCACAGUCACUUAUCCCACCCUGCUGAUAGAAGGCAGGCCUGCAGGGAAGUGCUUAAGUGAGCUCUCAGCCUGGGCUCCUUGGAGCAGCCCACAGAUGAGCUUCAAGGCAUCUACAGUUAGAAUAUUGACUUGCAUGCUUCUUUUGGAAAAAGCAGCUCUUUUUUUUUGAAAAAGCAACUCUUAACCUUCUUUAAAUUCUCUAAGUGGUCCACAAUCCCCUAAAGAUUAAGGAUCUCUGUUGUAUAUAUUCUCUCUUUCAUCCUGGAAGUGGGGAGGGUAUAAAGAGGAUUUUCCUUAUGGAUGGAGUCAUGCAUUUUUUAAAACCAUAUUAGAGAUUAUUUUCUUUGGUCCUUUUAGACAAUGAGAUAAUAAAUAAUUUCAUUUAGCCCUCAUAUCAACUUUGAAAGAUAUUCUUAUUCCUCUUUUAUAAAUGGCACUUAGAAGGUUUAUUUAAUUUGCCCAAAAUCACACAGCCAGAAGGGGCAGAUUCACACUGCAUCUAUCUGAUUGAACUCUUGGUGCAUUUUUACAUUUCCUCUAGAAUGUGUGUUCCACAUGCACUUGUGUAACACACGUCUUUGCCUCAGAUAUCAUGAGUCCUACUAGUUCUCUCACAAAGUAUUUCUCUCUUAGGAGGCUAAAACAAUCCCUGCUGUCUGGUGGGAUCGAGAAGGCAAUUAAACUGUUCUCUUUGGAAAAGGCUAGGGCCAAAUGGUGAGGGCAACCAUUAAAAGCUGCCUAUUGUUUUAGGUGAACAGAGAAAGUUGGACAGUCACCCAAGGCAGAACCCAAAGUUUCUGCAUGCACAUCCUUUUGACAGUGAUCACAUGGAAGAGGCCUCAGAUGCCCUUGGUCCGGAGAAUGUACGCACGAGCCCUACAACCAGGAAAGAAGCCUGUGGGUCCCCGAGAAGGCAACAUGGAAUGGAGGGUCUGGCCCAGUUAAGAACUAACUUCAAGAAGAUCAUGCCUGUCAGUUCUGAGGCUCAUUUUGAAUAGUGGUCAUGACCUCUCCUCGGUUCUGGGGUUUAUGUCCAAUAAAGCUUGGUGUCUGUGUGUGUGCGUGUGUGCACAAGUGCGCUCACAAGGGCUUCCCCUUGUGAAAGGAUUUGAGAACCAACCACCUAUGUCAAGAUAAGCCAGCUCAGGGUGAGGUCUCGCUGCUGCCCUGGUACACACCUUCAGGGACAGAUGCAGUGUUCCAGUUUCCACUCUUUAGUUCUCCAUUGGUUGAAUGAGUUUCCAUGGCCUUCAAAGUGCUGUCAGUUCCCUCAAGGGAAUCUGCUGAGAGACGGCUCAAAGGCCAUGGGAGUAAUGUGUUUUGACAUCUUUCUGUGUUCCUCCUGUGCAACUCCAUAUGGUUGUAGAUUCUUUUAAAAGCAUUUUCCUUUUGAACUCCACAACCUGAUCCUAAAGAUUCUAUGAAGGAAAAAUAAGAUGGGAACAUGUAAUAAAAAAGAAAGAGCAAAGUGGUAGAUCCAGCAUUAUCAUAUAUUAUGAUAUAUAGCCACGGCCAUAAUAAGAAGCUAAUAUUACGUGGGAUUAGAUGGGGGACACAGUGUGCGCCAAGGAACACGCUUAGCAUGACACAAGAGGGGAUACGUGGCAGUCAGCAUUUCAACAUGGGGAAGGAAGACGCCUUCACACACAUAACUGGAAAAGAGGAUUUGAUUCAAAUCUCACUUCAUCUAUUAAAAUUACAGACCGUUUGAUUAGGAAAAAAAAAAAGCAACACAGAGAAAAGCUGGUGAAAGCAGAUUCUAGUCUCACCAGAUCUACACAGGAAUAACACACUUCUUCUGGCCUACAGCAAUAAAAAAGCAUAACAAGGAAGAACUACAGAGUUGACAGUAUUGAGAACGUAAAAACUUCUGUGCAGCAACGAUGACAAAAUUAAUGUAGAAAUAGGUGCAAUGGAUGGGGAAGCACUUACAUAAUUGUGAAUAAAGAUUAAUACCUAUAAUAUUUAGAAAUCCCAUUAUAGUUUAUAAUAGAUUAAUAAAGGAUUUCAGUAGCCGGUGUACACAAUAAAAAUGCAAAUGGUGGACAAAUACA